AUGCGGUCUCGUGAUGUGAAAAUUCGAGCCGAAUCUAAUUCGUCGGCGGGGCAAGAGCGCCAGGGAAUGGAGAACUUCGAGACUCAGGAAGUAGCGAUCACCGAAGAUGAGGCCGCGCUGUACGAUCGGCAGAUUCGAUUAUGGGGACUCGACGCUCAGCAAAGGAUGCGGAAUGCAACGGUUGUUGUAGUCAAUCUUAAGGGACUUGGCACUGAAAUCAUCAAGAAUAUCGUAUUGGCUGGCAUUGGAAAGCUCAUUGUGGUGGAUGAGAACAAUGUUACUGAAGAAGACCUAGGUGCAGGAUUUUUCUUCACUGAGGAAGACGUCGGAAAGAAUAGAGCAGAAUCCUCCCGACUACGAAUACAGAAUUUGAAUCCACGUGUUAUAGUAGAAACAGUGACGAACUUUGAAACCCUUCACGGGACAGAGUUGGAGAAGCUAGUUGAAUCAGCGGAUCUAGUCUGUGUGACGGAUCGUGGAACUGAAUGGAUUAUCCCCCUGAAUGAGGAAUGUGCUCGUCAGAAGAAGAAAUUCUACUGUGGAGCCACAUAUGGGUUGUCGGGCUUCAUAUUUUGCGAUCUUAGUGUGCAUCAAUUCUUGACAAAGGAUAAAACUCGUCCUGGGGAAGAACCAAAAGACAUCAAGGCAACUAUGACGUAUCCAACGUUCUCCCAUGCUCUGCAGCAUUCCUGGGAGAAUCUUUCCAAAAGGCAAACAAAGGAAUUGAACCCGGCCACUGUCUUCACCGUUAUGGCUAUUUUGGAGUGGCAGACGAGGCAUCAAGGACAAUUGCCCGAUGGUUUGUCCACAGCUGACGAGCUCGAAGUGCUGGCAAACACAUUACUAAAGGAUCGGGAUGUAAACUCCCAAAUCAUUCAGUCUAUUCCACGGCAUCAGAUUGAGUCGGCUGCAAUUACUGCCGCUCAUGAAUUAUCCCCUGUUUGUGCAGUCGUGGGGGGAUUUUUGGCGCAGGAUAUACUGAAGGCACUUUCUGCGAAAGAUCCGCCACUUGCCAAUUUUUUCACAUUCGAUGGUACAACAGGCGGAGCCACUGUUUGUCGGUUGGGAGUACCACGAUAA